UAAAAAAAAAAUAUCAAGAAGAAGUAUAUACUCAAAAUCGUCUGGAAUCAAAAUUUAUUGUGAAAAUCUAAAAUGGCUUUUAGUUCAUUUGUGGCUUUACGUAAUGCGGUCCGCUGCCAUCCGCCCCACAUUUUAAACCUUUUAAAAGCAGUCAAUGUUUCGUCUCGCUUCUUCUCUGAUGAUGGUGGAAGAAAGCCUAAUUUAAAAGGACUCGUGCUCGGCUUGUAUCAGGAGGAGGAGGGUAAUCCUCCAAGGCUUACUAGCAGCGGAGAGAAGUUUGACGACCGUGUCAAGGGUAAGAUCACCGAGGUUGUUAAAGUAUGUGAAAUGAAGGGUAAGGUGGGAAUGGGAAAAGUUUUUAAUAACAUUGACACCGAAUUCAGAUCCAUUGCAAUAGUCGGAUUAGGUCGUGAAGGCAUUGGGUUUAAUGAGCUGGAGAUGAUUGACGAAGGCAUGGAAAAUGCCCGAGUAGCAGCAGCAGUUGGCGCUCGCAGUUUGCAGAUGGAACAGUGUUCCGAGAUCUAUUUGGAUUCCAUGGAGUAUCCGGAACAAGCGGCUGAAGGCAGCUCGCUUGCAGUUUGGAGAUAUAACGAGCUUAAAGAUAAAAUGCGUCGGACAAGAGUACCUAAAUUGGAAAUUUAUGAUAAUCCUGAUAUGGAUGCAUGGACACGCGGCCUAUUCAAAGCUGAGGCCCAAAAUUUAGCACGUCGUUUAUCAGAUACUCCGGCCAACCUAAUGACACCUACUAUCUUCUCCCAGAACGCUGUCGAUGCGCUAUGUCCUUGUGGUGUAACCGUCGAAAUAAGAACAAUGGAUUGGAUUGAACAGCAACAAAUAAACUCAUUCUUGAUGAUUGCUAAGGGCUCAUGUGAACCACCCCUAAUACUGGAAGUCAAUUAUUGUGGCACGGCACCAGAAGAUAAGCCAGUUUUGUUAGUGGGAAAAGGCAUCACUUUUAAUAGUGGUGGUAUCAAUUUACGGACCUGUAAAGGUAUGGAUGAAUACCGCGGAGCUAUGAGCGGAGCUGCAGUCGUGGUGGCAACACUACGCGCUGCUGCCGCACUCUCACUUCCAAUUAACAUAUCCGCCGUUAUACCAUUAUGCGAAAAUAUGCCAUCCGGAAUGUCUUGCAAGCCUGGGGAUGUUGUCAAGCUACUCAAUGGGAAAAACAUGUCCAUUAGGGAUAUUGACAAAGCUGGAGUUGCCGUUAUGGCGGAUCCCAUACUAUAUGGGCAAGCUACCUACAAGCCGAGAUUGGUUGUUGAUGUUGCAACAUUAGGCUAUGGUGUGCAGAAGAGUCUGGGUGGAGGGGCAACCGGAAUUUUCUCAAACUCCCAUUUCAUAUGGAAGCAGUUCCAAAAAGCAGGGGCACUAACUGGCGAUAGGGUGUGGCGUUUCCCGUUAUGGCAAUUCUACAAGAAACUAGUUACUAAUCAUAUCAGCUUUGACAUAAGUAACAAUGGAAGCGGACCAGCGUCAUCAUGCUUAGCCGCUGCUAUUCUUCAUGAGCUGCUGCCCUGUGUAGAUUGGGCUCAUUUAGACACACGCGGUGUUGGCAUGUUGACUAAGUUUGGUACUAUCCCCUAUUUGUUGAAGAAUCGUAUGACUGGUCGCCCCACCCGUACUGUGGUUCAAUUUCUAUACCAAAUGGCUUGUCCUGAUGCAGCGAAACAUUCAUAAUUUUCUUUCAUAUGUUCCCAUUAUCACACAAUAUUGAAAUAUGGAUAAAGUGUGUGAUGGUUCACAUGUGCAUGUGGUGUGUAAAUCUUAAACUUUUCUUUCUAAACGAUGUCCUUUUGAAUGUCAUUGAAAAACACGCUCCAAUGAGAAAAGAUGAGUGCUUUAAUUUUAACGAAAACUAAACUUUGGAUUAAAAAUUCUACUACUUGAAUAUGCUUUUAAAACUGAAUUCGUGAAUGGAUGG